UCUCCGAGAUGUCGCAGGAUGACAUCAACCCCUCGAAACCACGACAGCCGGAGCCUGCCCUUGAAGUCUUCCCCGAGGAUGAAGAAACUCAGCUACUAGCCGAAUCCACCACUGAAAAAACGCUCGCCAACAACGCUUUCACAUCUGGGAAUUACUCGUCAGCGGUGCAAGGCUACGAGAAAGCUCUUGCUGUGUGCCCCGCGUACUUGGAGUACGACGUUGCUGUCUUGCGUUGCAAUAUCGCAGCCUGCUAUCUGAAGUUGGAGGAGUGGAAAACCGCAGUCAAGCUGGCCUCGCAAGCGCUUGAGGCUCUGGAUCGGGUUGAUCCUCCUUCAAUCAUGUCAGCGGGAAAAGGAAAUCAAAGCGAGGUGGUGGAAGAGGUAGAUGAAGCAACCGAUGCCAGAAUGGCAGCACUUGCCCGGUCGGGGAGAACAAUCAACGAUAUUCACAGGUUGCGGACCAAGGCCCUUCUCCGGCGGGCGAAAGCUAGAAGAGAGGUUGGUGACUGGUCAUCACUUCAGGGGUCAUUAGAGGACUAUCAAACACUUCAGACAUCACCAUCACAAUUGUCUAGUCUGGACCAGAAAACGGUACAAAUUGCGCUUGGCGAACUUCCUCGCCGAGUCGAUGACGCGAAAAAUGCAGAGGUAGCAGAGAUGAUGGGAAAGCUCAAACAGUUGGGGAAUGGGAUAUUGAAGCCGUUUGGGCUCAGCACAGACAAUUUCCAGUUCACCAAGGACGAGAAGUCGGGAGGGUACAGCAUGAAUUUCGACCAAGGAAAAAAAUAG